GAGAUGGAGACACGUUUGACAUUUUGCUUCUUGGUUAUGUCUCGUUAGUCAUUUAGUAAUUGAUUUAAAAAAGAUGAUAUCUUCUUUUUUAUUCUUUAUAAAUAUGCGUUUGAAAUUAUAAUGCCGCGGAAAAUACGCGUCAUGUUUACAAUUGCGAUAGCACUGAGUGUAUGUCUCGUGAUAUUUCAGUUAUGUUUAAUACUCCGCGAUCGCAAAAGAUUGUCUUUCUCAGAGGACGACGUACCUGUCAUACUAUGGUGGACGCCAUUCGGUAAUAAAUGCAGAUGUUACCUCACACAUAAUAGAACAUUUGAGAAUGAUGUGAACUUAAAAAGUGUUCUGUUUUACGGAAGUAAUCUCCGUAUUCAUGAUUUGCCCAAUUGGAGGAGCAGUGCCAUAUCAUGGGGCUUACUUCAUGAAGAAUCCCCUAGGAAUAAUCCUAUACUUGUCCAUGAAGAAGCACUUAAUCUUUUUAAUUACUCUUCGACCUUUAGCAGAUUAAGUAAUGUACCACUCACACUUCUUGAUUUACCUGGUCUAGAAGAAUUAGUAGCAAAUUCAUAUUACAUGUCUACCAAAGAGAAAUCUGCAUUGAUGCAUGCAGAAAAUUUAGCACCAGUAUUAUACAUUCAAUCUGACUGUGAUACUGCUAGUGACAGGGAUAGUUAUGUCUCAGAAUUAAUGAAACAUAUUCGGAUAGAUUCCUAUGGUGCAUGUGUGAAUAAUGCUCAGCUUGACAAUAGGUUGAAGAACAACUAUCUCGAUAUUUUAAGCGAUCGUGAGUUCUUAUUCUUUGUGGCCAAAUACAAGUUUACUAUAGCUUUUGAGAAUGCAAUUUGUGACGAUUAUAUCACAGAAAAACUAUGGAGGCCGCUUGUUGUCGGCUCUGUACCAAUAUAUUACGGAUCACCAUCUUUUAAGGAUUGGCUACCAAAUAAUAAAUCUGCUAUCUCAAUAUUAGACUUUACUAGUCCAAUAGAACUCGCCCAUUUUUUGCAUAAUCUUUUAAAAAAUGAUUCUGCAUAUGAAGAGUACUUGUCUCAUAAAUUAAGUUUGAAACGCGAAAAUCGCGUUACAAAUAGCAAGUUGUUACAUGCGCUCGAAAAGAGACAAACAGGAAUUCCAAACGAUUUUGGAAAUUAUAUGGAAGAAUUCGAAUGCUUUGUUUGUGAACGAAUACAAAAGAAUAGUUACGAAUUAAAAAAGAGCAUAGUAACAAAAAGACAGUACAAUUGUUCUUUGCCAAGAGAUCCAAUAACAGGCGAAAUUAAUAAGCGCAAUUGGUGGACUGAGCAGUGGAAUAUUGAGAAAUGUGGAGCUAAGCUAUUAUCCCAUUACAUAACUAACAAUAUCAGUAUUAAUAUAAAACAUUUUAAUGAACAGAAGAUGACUAUGUACGACAAUAAUGAAUGUUGAAACAUAUGAAAAAAAAAAUUGAAAGAAUUUUUUUAGUAGUAUAAAAGGUCUCCUGUUUAUUCAUUUACUCUCUGAACCGAUGCACACGCUACAAUAGAUUGAAUUGAAACAAAUAAUAUACAUUUGUUUCACUUCAACUUGUAUCGUAUUGCACUAGUUCAAAGACUGCAGGAAUAAGAUAAGAGGCCAGAGUGAAUAAGUUUAGAUUUACUUCGGACUAAAUGAUGAAUUAUAUCUAAAAAUAUUUUGCUUAAAAACGAGGCCAACUUGAACUGUGCAUUAUAUUAUUGGCCACAUAUAUCGCACGUGGGAGAAUCAGAACACCUAUCAUAGAAAAAGUCAGAAUGGAUUCCGAUUGGAAUUAUUCUGUUUUCUCCAGAAAACACAAUCCAUUCUGACUUGUUCUGUGAUAGGUGCCUUGGGCCAUCCAAAGAAGAGAAUAAUAUUUAUAAGUCUGAAUGAAUGUACAAGCAUUUUUAUUUUGGUAUCA